AUGGCCUUAGGAAACCACAGCACCAUCACGGAGUUCAUCCUCCUUGGGUUGCCAGCUGACCCCGACAUCCAGGCAUUGCUCUUUGUGCUCUUCCUGGGGAUUUACCUCCUGACCCUAAUGGGGAACCUAAUGAUGCUGCUGGUGAUCAGGACUGAUUCCCACCUCCAAAAACCCAUGUAUUUCUUCCAGAAUCAUCUCUCCUUCGUGGAUCUUUGCUUUUCUUCAGUCACCGUGCCCAAGCUUCUGGAGAACCUACUGUCUAAAACGAGAGUCAUUUCAAAAGAGGGAUGUCUGAUUCAAGCGUUCUUUGUGCUUGAUAUUGGAGGAACAGAAACUUUACUGCUGUCUGCCAUGGCCUAUGACCGCUAUGCCGCCAUCUGCCACCCUCUGCUCUAUGGCCAGAUGAUGAGCAGCCAGGUGUGCGUGAGGCUGGUAUGGGCUUCAUGGAGCCUGAGUUUUCUGGAUGCAGUUAUCAACAUCCCACUGGCUACGGACUUGAACUUCUGUGAGACCCGUACCAUCUCUCACUACAGCUGUGAGCUGCCCUCUCUCUUCUCUUUGUCCUGCUCCUAUGUCACAAGCAAUGUCACUGUCCUGGUCAUCUCUUCACUCCUGCAUGGCUUUGGUAUAUUCUUACUGAUCUUCAUCUCUUAUGUCCGAAUUGCGUCCAUUAUCCUGAGCAUCAGCUCCACCACAGGCAGAAGCAAGACCUUCUCCACCUGCUCCUCCCACCUCGUCACAGUGAGCUUCUUCUAUGGAUCUGCUCUCCUCUGUUAUCUCCUGCCAACCUCAGGCUCACCUCUGGAACUCAUCUUCUCCAUACAGUAUGCUGUGGUCACUCCCCUAGUGAAUCCCCUCAUCUAUAGCCUGAAAAACAGAGAAGUAAAGGCAGCUCUGAGAAGAACUCUGGAGAAAUGUUUGCAAUUGCAUAGGUAGCAAGCUACAAACAAAGGAUGAAUUAGGAAGGAACUACAGCCUUUGAAAUAUCUCUUGGGUUGACACUCAAAUCUUCUGAUGGUCCACUGUUUUAGAAGUCAAAAGAUACUUCAUAAAACUUAAGAAAGAGACACAGAGAUACCUUGAGGGUGGGGUUAGCACAGAAGAAGGUGGUUCAGAUUCAAUCUGGCUCAAAGGCAGAGCAAGGGAAUAUUUAGUCAUCUUGAUUAGAAGUUUUAUUUAACUAUACUUUUUUCUGUAUUGUUUUAAUGACACAGUUGAAAAACGUAUGUGUAUUGGAUGACUUUUUAGAAAUAAAUAUACAGAAAGUCACUUAAAAUGAUAAGAUUUCACCAAAACAUUGAGUCACAGGGAAAGAACAGUUAUAGAUAUAGGAUCUGUGGAGACAUUGAGCUUUGGUUGGGAAGCCUCUGCUAAAAUUCAGGAUGGCACAAGUGACAGGUCAGUGACUUGAGUGAUACAAAGAACUCUAUUGUUGUGCCUUUGGAGUGGCAACAUGAGGGGAAAUAUGGCUCAUGCUAUGGUGAGACACAAAAACUUAGCCCUCUGAUACAGUUCACCUACUUUAAGCUUAGUUUUUCCAUCCAGCCACCUUGGGGGAUGCGAGGGAUUUUAGUCAAUUGUUCGGGAGUAAUUUCCUUUGCAUUUACUGUAGCCUGGGUUUAUGAAAUAUGCAGUGUGUGCAUUAUAAUUCACCAGAUGUGUAUCUUCUGAGAAAUUGUUCCAUGCUAUUGAUGAUUUUCCUCCAAAUAGAGUUAACUGUGGUAACUUAUACUCAUUCAGUGUUAUUUUCUGUCCAGCAAUACUGAGACACCUAAUGAUACAUGCUAUUGAUGAGGGGCAGAAGCAGGCAAAUGUUUACCUUUCACCAAAAGCAGAUCUAUAGUCUCUGCAGUUAUGAUUAGGGUCAACUAUGUGCUGAUUGUUACUUUCUUUAAGGGUCUCACGACUGCCUGUAUGGUACUGAUAGUCAAUGUCAAACUGAAUGAUAACCACCAGAGGAAUCUUGCAAAAAUACUGUUAUGAGUAGAAAUUCAAAGAAAUUUGUAAUCUUAUACUCCCUACAUGCUCUCUUCCCUUUGAUUCUAAGCAGAUGACCACCAGAUUCACACAGAAAGUGCACCACUUUGUGCCCAUGGCCCCUGUCCCCAUGCUACCUAAAUAAAUUCAUGAAGUUGCACCAUA